AUGGGCUGUUUGGCCCAGCACCCUCCUGACUAUAAGUUUGUUCUUUUAGCUGGAGCUUAUUCCUCUGGUAGACAGAGCGGUUACUCGGUGGCACCAGGAAGGAGCUAUUCUCCCGGAGGAUGGGAUAACGGACGCAGCAAUGGCUUCGUGAACGGCUGCCACGAUGGCCGAGACAACCGCAUGAAUGGGGGCAACAGUUUCGGUGGCCGCGGCUCCGUGCGCAACGACCGCGGAGGAAGAGGAGGCUUCAGAGGUAAAACCAGCGGCUCCUACAACCCCAUCCAGCCAAUGCAGAGCGCAGGAUUUGGUUAUGACAACAAAGAUGCCGGCGGGUGGAAUGCCCCAAAAGACACUGCCUACAACAGCUUUGGCGGCCGCUCUGACCGGGGCAAAUCAUCUUUCUUCAAUGACCGCGGGUCUUCAUCCAGGGGGCGGUAUGAGCGUGGAGGUUUUGGCGGCGGUGGGAACAGCCGAUGGGUGGAGGACUCCAGAGACGAUGAAGACUGGUCCAAACCGUUGCCUCCCAAUGAGCGUGUGGAACAUGAACUCUUCUCUGGAGGCAACACCGGGAUUAACUUUGAGAAAUAUGAUGACAUUCCUGUUGAAGCCACAGGCCAGAACUGUCCACCACAUAUUGAGAGUUUCCAUGAUGUAGAUAUGGGAGAGAUCAUUAUGGGAAAUAUAGCCCUGACCCGCUACACACGGCCCACUCCUGUCCAGAAGCACGCUAUUCCCAUCAUCAAGACUAAGAGAGACCUGAUGGCGUGCGCACAGACAGGUUCUGGUAAGACUGCAGCCUUCCUGCUGCCGGUCCUGAGCCAGAUAUACACUGAAGGACCGGGAGAGGCGCUGCAGGCUGUGAAGAACAGUGCACAGGAAAAUGGGAAAUAUGGCCGCCGUAAGCAGUAUCCCAUUUCGCUGGUUUUAGCCCCAACAAGGGAACUGGCGCUCCAGAUCUACGAUGAGGCCAGGAAGUUUGCGUACCGCUCUCAUGUGCGGCCCUGUGUGGUGUAUGGAGGCGCUGAUAUCGGUCAGCAGAUUCGUGAUCUGGAGAGAGGCUGCCAUCUGCUGGUGGCCACUCCUGGGCGUCUGGUGGACAUGAUGGAGAGGGGCAAGAUCGGCCUGGACUACUGCAAUUAUCUGGUGCUGGAUGAAGCAGACCGCAUGUUGGACAUGGGCUUCGAGCCACAGAUUCGCCGUAUCGUCGAGCAGGACACCAUGCCGCCCAAAGGGCUUCGUCAGACCAUGAUGUUCAGUGCCACCUUCCCCAAGGAGAUCCAGGUGAGUGUUUCUUCAUCUCAUCCAACAGGUAAAGAAUCUUUGACCUUGGUGUUUGUUGAGACCAAGAAGGGAGCGGAUGCUCUGGAGGACUUCCUGUAUCGUGAGGGCUACGCCUGCACCAGUAUCCACGGCGACCGUUCCCAGAGAGACCGUGAGGAAGCGCUCCAACAGUUCCGUUCAGGGAGAUGCCCCAUCUUAGUAGCCACGGCUGUGGCUGCUCGUGGUCUGGACAUCUCCAAUGUGAAACACGUCAUUAACUUUGACCUGCCUAGUGACAUCGAGGAGUACGUCCACCGCAUCGGGCGAACCGGUCGUGUGGGAAACCUUGGUCUUGCCACAUCAUUCUUCAAUGAUAAGAAUAGCAACAUCACCAAGGAUCUGCUGGACAUCGUGGUGGAGGCCAAACAGGAAGUCCCGUCCUGGCUGGAGAGCCUGGCCUAUGAGCACCAGCACAAGAGCAGCAGCCGCGGGCGCUCCAAGAGGUUUUCUGGUGGUUUUGGUGCCAGAGACUACCGUCAGACCAGCAGCAGCACCAGCGGCGGAGGCUUCGGGAGUCGCGGCGGCCGUAACACCGGCGGUCACGGAGGAAACCGCGGAUUUGGCGGGGGUGGCUUUGGUAACUUCUACAGCAGUGAUGGCUACGGAGGAAACUAUUCGCAGGUGGACUGGUGGGGAAACUAAGACUCUUUCCUUCACCUCUUCACUCCCCACGAUGACAGUGGAUCACCAUGCCAAACUCACUGAAUGGAAACCACAUGUACCAUAGCCAGACUGUAUACCCUGUGUAGCUUUGAAGAACUUUGCAGUACAUUACCAGCUGUGAUUCUCUGACCACAUCCGGAGAAGCUUGAGCUCCGUGGGACUCGGGGAUGCCGGGAUUUCUGGAGGUUUGACUGAAGCGGUCUCAUGAUGUGCUCGACCGUACUGAAGGGGGAACUGAGGCAGAAGUUUGCUUUAGAUUCUUGGACUCUAGUUUUCCACUACAUCUCAUUUCUUUAUACUAAACGAGAAUCAUUUGUUUGUUAAUGUACUGUGCCUUUAAAUUUAGACUCGCUGUGUUUUGUUUGUUCUUCUUUUUAAAUGUCUGGCUGGCAAUUGUUUUCCCCUGUUUUUUUUUUUUUUUCUUUCCGUUUUCUUCCCCCUCUAAAGAUUUGUUUGGAUGGUAUAACAAAAUAAGCUUGGAUGUAAUCAAACCUUGGCAAAGUCUGGGAUGGUCUGUCACAACCUCAUUUUGAACUGAAAUUUUCAACGGGGUCACCAGUGCUGGUGUCGCGGGGCCUGACCCCCUCCAUUGGCUUGAGGUCUCUUGUGUGGUAAAACUAUCACAAGGGGGUGAAAAAUAUUGAAUGUUGGAAGGAAAAGAUCUCGCUCACUCUAUCCUGGAGAGGUAUCUAUUAUAGAGAUGGUAGUCUUCUGAGAAAGAAACCAAGCCAUUCCAGUAUAUUAUUUUAAAUUUCGAUGUUGUGACGAACCGCGUCUGCCUCCCGCUGCUCCGCUUCAUAACCAAACCGUAGAGGCAGCUAGUUCAGAACCGCACACUAGCUGUUUAGCGGUGUUGAAUUAACUUUUUUUUUUUUUUUUUUUCUUGAACUGUAAUGGAGGUAGCAAUUGGAUUUGUCUUUCUUCCUUCAAAAACCAUUCUUGAAGUCGAUUAACGGUGGGCUUGUGGCAGCUUCCGCAGUGCAGAGUUGGAAUGGCUUCUCUAGGACCACGAGGUCAGAGCGGACGAGCCCAGAAAGCCCAGCUCGUCUCUGAAGAAAUCCGCAUGCUAGUGUUCUUGUUUUUUGGUCAAGGAGAUUUUCGAACCGAUUUCUGCAGCAGGCUUUUACGUUCGUUACAAGUAACAUUUGUUAACUUUUUCGUUUUUCUCUUUUUCAAGCUGCGUUGAAUUCCGAAAGACAUCCUCGGCUUUACUCUUGAGACACGGCUCCCUCGUGACCCCCGGAUCUUAGGGAGGCCUGGGGUCAGCAGAAUUCGGUGUGCACCACGGGAAACUGCACUAAACCAGCUGCAGGGCUGCGGCUUGGGUGUAAACCAGACUCGUACUGGUUUGUUUAGUGGAGGUUUCCAUGGCAUCCUGGCCAGAGACAGGGUUCUUUCAAACUCCUGCGCGCUCUUAAUCGUACGCUAAGGGCGAGUGGGAUGCGUUUAACUGAAGUGCAAUAGAUUUACUCUCAAGCGUGUUGUGCCUUUUGGAAAAGGUGACCUGAAGCAGAUGCGUUGACAGUAUUGAAGUGACUUGAGAGCAGUGGUGCUACUUAGGCCCUUCUGUGUUACUUAGGCCCAUCAAGUUUUACAAAAGUUGUUUUAUUGCACAUCUAGGGUUUUAUAUAAGUGUCUUGAGUGCGUGUCCUUAAGCUUCCAAAUAUUGUGUGUGAAGAUUGUGAAAACGCAGCUUGUUUACAAAAGGGGAAGGGUUCUCCAAUAGUUAACCAGGAUUGAUUUGGGACCAGGGAUUAGCAGUGGGGAAUUUAGCUAUUUGCACAGAUUACUAGAUUCUACUUUUGCUGCUAGUUUGUGUAAUUUAUUAAGCAUUUUUGAGAAAUAUUUAUUUUUAUAAGCCUAAAAAGUGAUAGUUUCAAGAAACUUGACCAAAAGACCGUACAAAAACACUGGCACUUGAAUGUUGAAUGUCACCCGUAUGCGUGAAAUUUAUAUUUUUCGGGGUAGUGUGAGCUUUUUAAUGUUUAAGGUCAUUUUGGACUCAUUUUGGACUAAAUCCACAUCUGUAAUUGGUCUCUCUGACUAAACGAAUCAAUCCGAUCAGUCAAACUCUGAAUUGGCAGCCGAAAUUUAAAUAAACAACCAUGCCAAGGUUUGGAAAAAGUUGCAAAAAUAUUUUUGUAAACGUGUAUCAGUGCAAAGUGUUCAGAUUAUCCAGUUCUCUUUGUUUUGUUUUUGUUUUUUUCCAAUAUUUAUUUUAUUUUUUAUUUGUACCCCCAGUGAAUGUCUGGCACACGGCAAUCUUAAGUAACAAAAACAUGUGGUUAUUCUCUAUUGUUGCAUUUGCAUAUUGGGCUCUGGCGCUGGUGUUCUCGGACAGGUUUGGCUGAACAUUCGGUCUUAAUUACAGAAGCAGUUAUGAGUGAAGUGUUGAAAGCAUGCAGUGAGAGGCUUUUAAUUGACCAGAUCAUGUGAAAGAACAUCACCGGAGCCCUUAGAGUUAGAGUAUUUGCUUUAUGUACUAGUUUAGAGGCUGUGCACUGCACGAAAAAUGAAAUGUGUGUUUAUUGUAUUUUACCAAAUUAAAGUUGGAAGUUGCAAAUACA